AUGUAUUUUUUUUGUUUUUUUAACUUUUCAGUGCCAAUUUUUAAUCAUUGUCCAGUUCAAGCUAAAGAUUAUUGUCAAAAUGGUGGAGAAUGCUUUUAUUUAUCCGGAGAUCCAAGUGUAUAUAUGUGCAGCUGUUUUAUGCCAUUCUAUGGACCGCAGUGUGAACAUAAAGCUCCUGGUAAAGAUAAACAAAUUGAAGUUGAAGAAAUACAAAAAAAUAUAAAUCAUCAUGAGAAUCAUGAGAAUAAUGAAGGUUUUAUGAUUAAAAGAUCAGUUGAUCGUGCAAUGACAUUGACUGCAUUAAUUUUCAUUGUGGUCACAUUUUUAGGAAUGUUAAUUUUAGCUUGGUAUAUUUCUAGGCGUAGACGUAAAGAUUAUGCUAGAUGGAGAAAAAUGACCGAGUUAGCAAUGAAGUCAAAUAUCAAAGAGAAAUCUGACAAACAAACACAAAUCACAUUUGAUCAUUCUGAUGAGAAGGAAACUUCUUCAUUAAAUAAAUCUAUUCAUUCCUUGGAUAAUAACAGUCAUUUUGAUUAUGGUGAUCCUGAGGUGGAUAAUGAUAAACAAGAUAUAGAAGCCCAAUUUGAGCAAGCUAAAAACAAUUCAGAACAUAAUGAUCAUUGUCAAAAACAAAAUGAUGAAUAUUCCGAUUUUAAUUUACGAAAUGAAGAAUUAUCAGUUCAGAACAGUUCAAAGAUUGUGGAAACAAUCAAAUCUAUUGGUGAACUGAAUGCCUGCAAAGAGAAUAACAUAAAUCAAUUCAAUUCUGAUAUAACUAUAACUUCUAAUACUACUACUGAUAAUAAUGAUAAUAAUAAUAAUAAUAUUACAGAAUUAUCAAAUAGCAAUCAUAAUGAAUUAAGUCAGAAAAAACGAACUAAAAGUAAACGAAUAGCAUCAAACUCAAACAAUCAUCUUAUAUCUGAUCAAUCUGUAAUAGAUCGUAAUCAAUUAACUGAUACAUUGAAUGAUAACAUAAUGAAUAGUGAUGAAUAUACAGAUUUGAAUGAAGAAACAAAAGAGAUAGAUGUAAAUGUCAUAAAAAAUUCACAUACAACACAACUAUCAAAGAAAUCCAACAUAACAAUACGAAAUGAUGAAAUUGAUCAUAACUUUGAUCCAUCUAAACGUCUGUCUAUGGAAAAUCAACAUCAUCUUAAUAAAACUUAUGCUCCAAUGAUUAGUAAUACCAUUGGUCAUAAAGUAUCUAAUUCAAAUUAUCCUAUAGCAAAUAUUUUAAGUAAUGCUAUUUUAGAUAGACCAUAUAUUAAUGCCGAUGAAAUUCAUACAUUAUUCGAUCCACAUUCAUCUAAUUCAACAUUGAAUCCUUAUCAUGAUUUAGAAUAUUACAAUCCGAUGAAUACAAAAAUAAGUUCAACUUUACCACGUGAUUAUAAACAAGAAAUAUAUACAACUAAUGUAAAAGAUCGUAAUAAUAAUGGUAAUAAUAAUAAUAAUAAUAAUAAUAAUAAUAAUAAUAAUAAUAAUUCUGGCCAUAGAAACCAACCAUCUCGUUAUUUAAAUAAAGAUUACAAGAGUAAUAGAUUAGUUUAUGGACAACAAGAACCAUUUAUUGUAGCAUCACAACAUGAUGCAUUAUUAUCAGAAUUAUUACAUCGAGGUAUGAAUUCAAAUCCUGGAGAAUCACGUCCAAAAAUAUAUAAUAAUAAUACUGAUAGAAAUAUUAUCAGGGAUCAAUUUCCAAUUAAAUCAAUCAUUUCUAUCAUUAAAAAAAUUGAUCUCAGUACUACUACUACUACUACUAAUACUACUAAUACUACUAAUACUACUAACACUACUACUAAUACUAAUACUAAUACUACUAAUACUACUACUACUACUAAUACUACUAAUACUAAUACUAAUACUAAUACUAAUACUAAUACUAAUACUACUACUAAUACUACUACUAAUACUACUACUAAUACUACUACUAAUACUACUACUAAUACUACUACUAAUACUACUACUAAUACUACUACUAAUACUACUACUAAUACUAAUAAUAAUAAUAAUAAUAAUAAUAAUAAUAAUAAUAAUGGGAAAACAAUCCGAAGCACUGCAUACAUUUAUUCAAGAAAUUAUUAACGACACAUUGUCACCAUUACUGAUGUUCAAGUUGGGUUUAUUUUAAUGGGGCGAAAAGAAAGUAUUUUGGUCAACUUUGUCAGUCAGUAUUCAUCAUAGAACUUUUUUUCUUCAAUAUUCUUAUCAAAACAGCUAUUAUGUAAUGAUAUUUACUGCAUAUUAAUUAAAUACAGAGAUUAAUAUUUUUCA